AUGGAAAAAAUCAAUGAAUUGCCUGAUGACGUGCUGGUGAAGAUAUUAUCGUUUCUUCCAACAAAAAAAGCUGUAUCCACUUGUGUUUUAUCUAAGCGAUGGGAGUUUCUUUGGAUGUGGUUGCCUAAACUCGAGUUCUUAUCUCCAUAUGGUACAGAAGGCGAUGAUGUACUUGGGGAUUUUAUCAACAAGAAGCUGCCAUUACAUAAAUCUCCGUUCAUAGAAAGCUUGCGACUCGUCUUACAUCUAAAUGACGAUAUUAAACCUGAAGAUGUCAAGAGGUGGAUUGAAAUCUCAGUUUCUCACCAUGUACGUGAGCUUGAUAUUCGUUUUCAUCCGGUGCAUGAAAACAUAAUUCCGUGUAGCUUGUUUACCUGCAAAUCGCUCGUGACCUUGAAACUCAAUUAUGUGGUUCUCAUGGAUGUUCCGUCUAUGGUUUGUUUUCCCUCUCUGAAAACAUUUCAACUUAAAACUGUGGAUUACGUAAAUGGAAAAUCUCUUCAGGAUCUUCUUUCUAUUUGUCCUGUUCUUGAUGAUCUAUCGGUGCAAAUUGGUACCGGAGCGUUCACUAUUAUCGUCCUAACUUUGCAGAGUUUAACACUCCUUGUAGAUAAUUGUUCUUUUUUAGAUGGGUAUGAGGUAGAUACUCCAUCUUUAAAGUAUUUGAAACUUGAAGACAUGAAUGAAGAGGAGCACUACUCUUUGAUUAAGAAUAUGCCUAAGCUGAGGGAAGCAGUAUCCCUUAAUCCGAAGAGUCUUAUUGCAUCAAUCACAUCUGUCAAGCGUCUCACGAUAUGUUGUUUAGAGGGUGUGUAUGGUGAUGGUUUUGUUUUCAACCAGCUUGAACAUCUGAACCUAUGUGUGUGCAAGGAAGACGUGUCGCAUGUCCUUGGCCAGUUGCUCAAGGAUUCUCCUAAUUUACGAGUAUUAAACAUCUCUCUAAUGCAUAAUAUGUUCAGUGAAUAUUGUGUGGCUUGCUGGAAUCAACCGAGUUCUGUCCCGGAAUGCCCAUUGUCGAGUCUACAAAUUUUAACCUGGACACCAUACAUUGGGGGACGACAUGAUAGUGAUAUUGCGGUUUACAACUUGAAAAAUGCUCGUCACCUAAAGAUGAGGACAAUCCUGGCUGAUAGCCCCGAAGAUCUUGCUCCAAACCUUAAGGAGUUGAUACUUUCUCCCCUAGCUUCAAGCACAUGCCAACUAAGUAUUCGCUGA